AUGGGGAUGUCAAACCUUCUGCCUAAUUUUGACCGUCAAAUAUUGUUAGAUUUGUUUAAAAACAAAGCAAAUACGUUUAAUAGUAGUAUAUCGUUGUCAUUUCCACACCCGGAGCAUAGAUAUGUCAUGAAUUAUAUAGACGAAGCAGAUGUUCUUCAACUCAAAAAUGUAAUGUCUGAAACGAAAGAUAUAGUGCAUUUGUACUUGGAGGUGUUUAAGGGACGGGUUGAAGAGAUAGCGUUGUUUGACAACAUUGUAACAUAUAAUGGUCACAAUAUUGUAUCAGAUAAUGUUGAACACGGUUCAGGAGAAGAAAUUGUUGAACUAAAUGAGGUGGAAGAACAAAAUUUAGAUGAUUUUGGAAAACUAGGUGAGAAAACGUUGUCAGAUGAUGAAAAAUCAUAUGAAUGA